CGGCCCGGCACUACACUCUGUCGUCCGCCAUUUUGGCAGCUGCUCGGCGGCGGGUGCGAGGCUGGUGUGUCCUGAGCACGGCGCUCGUUCAUCUGUGUCUCUUUCUCUCUUCACACCAUCUUCCUCCCACGAAUAAAGCAGCGUAGAACAUCCGUUACCUUUAUUUUUUUAGCAUCUUGAAAAAAAAAUAAAACUCGGCCAGCCCCCUUCCCGGCAGAUAGAGAGAAAGCCCUCCCCCCCCCCGUCGAGCGCCUGAGCUUCCCCCCCCGCCGGAGAAGAUGGAUGACCGCGAGGAUCUGGUCUACCAAGCCAAGCUGGCCGAGCAGGCUGAGCGCUAUGACGAAAUGGUCGAAUCAAUGAAGAAAGUAGCUGGUAUGGAUGUGGAGUUGACGGUUGAGGAAAGGAAUUUGCUGUCUGUGGCCUACAAAAAUGUCAUUGGAGCACGGAGAGCAUCCUGGAGGAUAAUCAGCAGUAUUGAGCAGAAGGAAGAGAACAAAGGUGGAGAGGAGAAACUAAAAAUGAUACGUGAAUACAGACAGACGGUUGAGAAUGAGCUGAAAUCAAUUUGUAAUGACAUUCUGGAUGUACUGGAUAAGCACCUCAUUCCUGCUGCCACCACUGGGGAGUCGAAGGUUUUCUACUAUAAAAUGAAAGGUGACUACCACAGGUAUCUGGCAGAGUUUGCAACAGGCAAUGACAGGAAGGAGGCAGCAGAGAACAGCCUGGUUGCAUACAAGGCGGCUAGUGAUAUUGCAAUGACAGAACUUCCGCCAACGCACCCCAUCCGCUUAGGCCUUGCUUUGAAUUUCUCUGUAUUCUAUUAUGAAAUUCUCAAUUCGCCUGACCGCGCCUGCAGAUUGGCAAAGGCAGCAUUUGAUGAUGCAAUUGCAGAACUGGAUACCUUGAGUGAAGAAAGCUACAAGGACUCUACACUCAUUAUGCAGUUGUUACGUGACAACUUGACACUAUGGACUUCAGACAUGCAGGGAGAUGAUUCCUAAAGGAUAUGAACCAUUCACUUCCCUUGUAAUCUGUAAUUUGCGAAGAACCAAGUAAAGAUGUGGUGCAAGAUGUUGAUGAUGACAAUCAGUGAGAAGACAUGGCGAAUGAGAAGACCCUGUCUGCCCCUCUCCUGCCCUCCCUACAGUCCUAGUCCAAGCUGAGAACCAGUAAAUUUGAUGUUGGUACUGGACCUCAGAAUUAGCUAUGUGCCCAUUUGGGUUCCGAGGAUUAUUUUUGUUUUUUUAUUUUUAUUUUUUACUUGUUUAAAAAAAAUCUAAAGGCAUUGCUGGCUCUCUAUGGAUGCUUAACUGGGACCUGCUGUCUUUGACUAGAUAUCACAGUCCUUUGAAAAUCUUUUUGAAUAAACUGUUCGAUUCUACUAAAUACAGCUUUGUGAAUAAUUCAUGCCUCCACCUUUUUACCAGUGGCAAUCUGAACAGUGAAUUGGUGGUCAGUCAUGAAUCAUCAAUGAUUGAUCUGAGCCCAGUUCCUACAAAUGCUGGAAAACCCUUGGUCUUUUUUUGGGGGGAGGGGGGUGAUGGGGAAUUAGGCAUUUACAAUACACCAAACAGUCUUAACCACCUUUGUGAUUGCAUGUUCUUGGUUUGCUUUUUUCCCCUAAAUAAAAUGUACACGCACAUCUAGCUAAGCAAAUAAAACUGUGUUCCUGGUGAGCAGUCGAGUAGCUUGCUCUGAAAGUCUUUGAACGUGAUGUGCACAGUGUUUUCUUUCAGUGUUUUUAACCCUGAAGGUAGCAGGUGCCAGUUACAAUCCAUAGGUAGUCCUUUGCUGUUAAUUUUUGUCCAUCCUGGCGGAGCAGGUCGUGUUUGAGCUGCUGUUGAAGCCUGCAUGCUUUGUUAAAACAAGUUUUUUGUUUUUUUUCUGACCCAUUCCUCUUUCUCUCCCCUUCCCUUCUCUUUCUCUCUUUGUUCAGUAUGUGUAACUUGAAGCUAAUUUGUACUACUGGAUAUAUCUGACUGGAGCCACCGAUACAGAUCUGUAUCCUUCUUACUGAAACACAGCAUGGAUUAAUAUUAAACUUAAAAUAAAAGAACCUAAAUUAA